AUGAUAACAGGCAAUAUACAGAGCACCCGUCUAAAAAGGCUACCAAAGGAUUUAAGCUAUGUGAAUACAACCGACCAAGCAAUUAAUAUCAGAGGUUUAAAACAGUCAGCUCAUACAAACAACUUCCAGCCAAUCAACGAUAAAGAUGGCUGGGUUUACUCAGCCUUCUAUGACGAAAUAGGACCAAAUUUGACAGUGAUUAGAGUAAUCGGAGUGGCUUUACUCAAACAAAAUAUAGUCCACUGUCAUCUUAGUUCAGAUGGACACAAAACAAUUGAUAUAGGCAAUUUUACAAUUUUACCAGAUAAUCAUAGCAAAACGUAUACAGCGAUGAUGAUUGAGUGUGUUGUACACAAAAAUUUUAAGCCAACGGCCAUAUCUAUCACAUUUGAUGAUAACGUCACUUCGAGGAAUCUUGUAGAGAUUACGUACCCUAAACAGAAAGAGAGAAACUUUACAGUGUGUUUCGCCGUUUUCUUCAGAUACAAUAGCAUCACCAGGAUCAUCCAGGCUAUUGAGAUUAACAGAAUCCUUGGAGCCCAACAUUUCUUUAUCUACAACUACAGCAUCUCUCAUGAAGUGGACGUAAUGCUGCGUCACUAUCAGGAUGAAGGUAUCCUCACUGUCCUGCAGUGGCCGUUACCUUUACCUAUUAUCUCAGAGAUUUGGUACUACGGUCAGAUGAGCGCGGUCAACGACUGUGUGUACCGCAACAGAUUCGUUUCACAGUACGUGGUCAUACAAGAUACUGACGAAUUCAUCAUACCAAACCAUCACAUGACCUGGUCAGACCUGAUCGAGGCAGCUGAACUUGAAUAUCAAAGUCAACACAAGGCCAAUGCAACAACUUUGGGGUCUUUUACUUUCGAAUCUGCUUAUUUUCAGAGUUUGUCAAACUCCACCUUGUGGGAGGAGAUCAAGAAAAAUUUCUCUAUCACAGCAGAAGAGGAAACAUUCUUUAAAAGCCAUUUAAUUUUUCCAUUUUACCAGGUUGAAAGACAAUAUAAUGUUUACAAGUUUAAGUUGAGAACGAAAACCAUUGUAAGGCCAGAACGCAUUAUUGUAAGCGGAAUCCACUACACACACACACACAGGGACAGAGUUACCCACACUGUGGUAAGCAACCAUUUGGCCAUUGUUCAUCAUCACAGGAAUAUAAAACCUUGCAACAUCACAGAUACGUCAGCACUUAGAUUUAAACAACUCACAUACCCGUUGCUGGUAACUAAAUUCAAGAAAUCAUCUCACAAAUUUAAGCAAAAUGACCAGUCAUAG